CUUCGUGGCAGGAAGUUUGUUUUCUGUCAGAGCCAAGAUGGCGUCCUCCGCAGGGGGAGACGUCGGUGCUGAAAAUCUGUCAAAAGAGUCUUUGAAUCGAGUUGAUACACUUGACAGUCGUUGUUUUUCGGAUCUUUCUGACGAAAUGCGUGACUAUGUGGUGGGUUUUUUGGACAAAGAAGUGGGCAGCGACUUGAAAUCUCUGAGGAAUGUGGGAAGCCUUUUGGAGAAAUUAAAAGAGGACAACAGCACGUUAGAAAAACAGGUGUUCACAGUGUCCAGCUCUGCACCUCCCCAAGUGUCUGCAGCUCUGUCUGCUGCUGAAGAUGCCAGAUCUUCUUUGGAGGAGCUUCUGCAACGAGAGAAACUCAUCUCCACAAAACUGCAACAGCACCUCCAAGGCUCCCAGCCAUGGAUGGAUACUCUCAGCCGCAAGCUGAGCCAAGUGGAGACGGUGGAGAGACACAUGAAGUAUCUCCGCUGCCUUCAGCACAUUGAAGAGCUCAGCGCUGUUGUCCAACAGUGUCUGAUGACCAGCAGCGUGUGGGAGGCCAUCAGGGCUGUGGAGAGCAUGGCCGUAAUGGAUGCCGGUCUGAGUGAGUCCAAAUGUUCUCACCUGCGGGACUUUCUCCGCGAAACUCUUCACUUCUGGCACAAGAUCAUCAAGGAUCGGCUGGCUGGGGAUUUGGAGAAGGUGUUGACCCAGCUCCACUGGCCGAUCAUCUCCCCUCCUACCCAGUCUCUCACGCCCGCUGCCAACGGGCAAGAGCUGGCCAGUCAGCUGGAGCUGCUCGUCACACAGCUGCUGGCCCUCCAGACAUCUGAUGACCUCAUCUCUCAGAGGACGUCGCCCUGCUCCAAAGCCGAAGCCCAGGCAGUGGCUUUCCCCAAAGAUCCUCCGCUCUGCCUGCCCAUCAAGAUCAUGCUGCAGCCACUCAGCAAGAGGUUCCGAUAUCACUUCUAUGGCAAUCGACAGACCAACACUCCCGGCAAGCCUGAGUGGUACCUGACUCAGGUGCUCAUGUGGAUAGGGAACAACACAACCUUCCUGGAGGAAAAGAUCCAACCUAUCCUGGACCGAGCUCAUGCCACCGUCAAUGCCAGGGUCGAGUUGUGUCGAGGCCUGCUCACUUUAGUCCGGGAGAAGGUGGCAGGUGACGCGUCCCGCCUGCUCUACGACGACACGCUCUUCUGCCACCUAGUGGAGGAGGUGCUCCAGUUCGAGAAGGAGCUGCGGAGCAUCCACUCCUACCCGCCGCCUCUGCCCGGCUUGCUCCACCUGCUGCUCGAUGACGCCGUCCUCCAGAAGUGGCUCACGGUGGAGAAGAAAAUGGCGCUGGAGAAGGUGGAUGGCAUGUUGUCAGCUGAAGGAGCGUGGAUCUCUCAGUACAAAGACAUCCGAGACAUGGAUGAGCUCAAGUCCCCGGAUUGUGCCGAGACCUUCAUGACUCUGCUCCAGGUCAUCACGGACCGCUACCGGCCGUUACCUUGUCCGUCCGCACAGCUGAAGUUUCUGGAGCUCCAGAAAGAGUUGGUGGAUGACUUCCGUAUACGACUCACUCAGGUGAUGAAAGAGGAGUCGCGCUGCCCGCUCAGUCCACGCUACUGCGCCAUCCUCAACGCCGUCAACUACAUUUCCACCAUCUUGACGGACUGGGGGGACAAUGUGUUUUUCCUGCAGCUGCAACAGGCGGCCGUGGCGCUCGGCGACGAGGCGGCGGUGGUGGGUGGCUUGGGGAUGAUGGAGAUGGGUCGCCUGGCCUCCAUGGAGAGCUCGCUCUUCGAAGGCCUGCUGGCCCUGCUGGAUCGACUUCGAGGAGACAUGAUGGGCCGGCUGCUGGACGGCAUUAUGAGGGACAUCGCGGAAAAAGCCAAAACAUAUUGCCAAGACAGGUGGUUUUCUCAUCCGUCCCAGCACGACCUGUCCGCCAUGACUUUGUCCAGUUCCGCGUGUCCCAUGAUGCUUUGCAUCAGGGACAGUCUGUUGAACCUGCAUCAGGUUUUAAGUCUGUCGCUGUUCCAGCUGGCUUGGCAGGGCCUCGCAGAGAGACUGGACAGCUUUCUCUACCAGGAAGUGGUCCUGUCCAAUCAUUUUAGCGAUGGAGGAGCAGCUCAGCUUCAGUUUGACAUGACCCGAAAUCUUUUCCCUCUCUUCGGUCACUACUGCAAAAGACCUGAGAACUUUUUUAAGCAUGUUAAGGAAGCCUGCAUCAUCUUGUGCCUUAACGUGGGUUCUGCUAUCCUGCUGAGGAACCUCAUCAAGGAGUCUUCCUCAGCAGAGGACACCAGGGAUUGGACGGGAAGGGACGACCCCUCGCCGCAGUCCGCCUUGAACGAGUUGGGAGUUUACUACUUGGCCCCUUGUGAUGUCUUAAUUCUCUUUAACCUCAGAGCCUCCUGGCCUGGACAGUGACAGUUGGGAUUUCCCAAUCUUAUCAAUCCACAAUUUCACAUUUGACUUCCAUCAUGUACAAAAUAUAGAUCCAUUUGUUGUCAUCCCCAAACCCAUCAGAGUCCUUUUAUUAUCCGGAAUGGCUUGCUGUACAUCAAAACUACAUGUAACACUUUGGGGAG